GGGUGCCUAAGACUUGACACGCGCCCACUUUGUCGGGAAGGUGCGCCGAGCAUGCAGGCACCAGGCUCCAGCCAGCCCAUUUUAUAAAUGCUCGCACCCACCCUUCUACGCCGCCGCCAAACUUUUACAGUUGCCCCAGCCAAUCCCCUCCAAGACAGUAUCACGUCGGGAUCCUAGCGCUAUCAAUAUUCUGACAUUGCGCGAGGAAAAGUGAUACGGAGAACCUCAUUUCGCUCAUCAACCGACCUGAGCAACGAUUGUAUCCACGAACGUACGAAAUCGGAUACCACAAACCAUCCAGUCUACCGAUCACAACCCGAACUAGCGAAGAACAUUCACGUAAAGGGCCUGCCUCAUCUACGUCUGUCUCCAUAUGGAGGAGAAUAUUCUUGCUCAGAUCUACUGGUAUAACAUUUGUCCUUGUUUUCAGAAUGGAAAAGACUUCGAGAAAUGGCUUCUAGGACAGUUGCCUCCAUCAACUAAGGUAUACGGAGUGUUUUGGACUUCGGAUGACAAUAUCCCAUUCCAAGAGACGCGCGCACAUGCAGUAGUGACAACGAAAAUUGCGGUACCGAAGAAUGACCAGGUCAGAGAGAUUGAAAAAUGUUGUAAAAUUGAACACGGUUCCUGCAAGGCUUUUGCAGACGCCCAGAGGGCCGAGUCGGGAGAUUUGGGAUGGAUCGUGAAAGCUAUCGAGGGUAAACCGGCAAGGGGUAACCCCGAGAUAUUUGGAAACAAGUUACAGGCCUGAUUCAGAGACCGGGUCUCAAUGUAUGCGUGUUGUAAUUGAGGAGCUCACCAAUGUCCGAAUCUAAGACCACCAUAACCGCCUUCAAAGACCUUUUUAGGUUGUGGUAGCCGUAUCAGGUCUACAGCAAAAACCCUUCCGCAGUUCGGCCGAUGUCAGGAUCAGGAGGGCGUGCAAAGACAUUUGCUGACAGUGACGUCCCCUUUUGCUGCUCGACGAAAGAGUUCCUCAUUAAAGAGCACAUUUCCCCAUAUUUCACCAGAAAGGUAUCGUCUCCGUUGAGUACCAGGAGGUCUUGUA